AUGAGGGAUGGGAAGGCGUUGUCCGUUCAGCCCCCGAACAUACUUCAUACGCUCAUCACUCUGGAGGAUACUCUGACGACAUGGACUAUGCUCUGGCAUAGCUUUCAACUCCUUUUCAUUACUCACCACGGUGAGGCUCGACUUCUCCAAGUCCGACUCUGGCAAUGUCAUUUGUCUAUAUCGUCCUUCAAGCCAGGAACCCCAUGUGUUCCAUGCUUGAGACGGAUGAUCAAGAGACUUUACAAGACAGACCGCCAUCGACAGAGUCAAUUCGUGAACCUCGAAACAUGUCGCGCCAAGCCAUCUUCCUUGUUGACAAGCAAGAUCGGCCUCCAUGCAGACGAGGAAGCUCUUCGCCGCGACCAAGCUCACAUGAGAAAGGAGGUGGCUGUUCUCCUUGUUAGCAUUGAUGAGCCUUCUUCUGGUUGA